AUGGCAACUGAACCCACUUUCACUGGAGUGGCAGAUCUGGAAGAGACUCAGAGAAACACCAAGGAGGAUAAAGAUGAUCUGGAAAAAGGGAUGUGCGUCGCAGAAGCCGAAGAGGGAUGUGCACCAGUCACCAAGUGGUACAUGCUCCUAGUGAUGCUCAGCGUGUACCAGGGCUAUGCAUCAAUGGUGGGACCUCUUCAAGCUGCUUACAAGUAUGAAUUGGGAGUGAAGCAUGGCACAGCUGCGGCCCAUGUUUUCACCCAGGCAGCUGUAGGUGUCCACCAUGGCAAGCUGAUUGCCAAGCUGGGGCACAACAUCUUCUUCGCCUGCCUCAGCCCACGGAUGCGGGUGAUCAUUGCCAUGAUCCUGAUGUUUGUGGGUGUGUUGAUUCCACCACUCCUAGUGUUUACCUUGGAGUUUCACUGGGUGUACUCAGUCCUUGUGUCUUACAUGCUGUCAGGCUUAGGCCUUGGCAUUUUUGCCCCAACCUUCAUGAGUGUGAUCACACCCAUGGGAAAGGCCACCAAGUCUUGGGCCAUUGUAGGUUGCCCUGCUGGCUUUGCGACCAUCAACAUCUUGGGCCUUUCAUUAAGUUCCCUCAAGAUGCCAGUGGUGUACAUCUACUGGUACAUCGUGGCCUGUCUGCCUGUUGGCUUCUACUUCUUCUGGAAGUAUGCCCCGCAUGACAAGGCGGAACAGCGCCCCGCCAAUUUCCGCACUUCCUUGAGACAAGGAGGCAGCUGGAUGCCUCCAAUGGUGCCUUUCUUCCUGGCUGCGUUCUUCGGUCACUUUGCCAUGGAGAACUGGCCCGCCAUUUUCUACAUGUUCCGGCCACCAAAGGUGCCGUUGUUCGACCCACACAGUGAUCAACAUCUGAUGGACUGGGGCCUCUUCUUUGCCAUCACCUACGGCUUCACUUUCCUUGGCGAUGCGAUCAGCCGUUGGAUUGCCAUGUACAUGUCAACACCUUCAGUGAAGAAGAGGCUGGUGUUUCUCAGUUUUGCCUUGGCAUUGAUCGUUGCAGGUCUCUACUUGGAAUCUUUAGCCAUUGCAAUUCUGAUUCCUCUGGCCAUCUUUAUGAUUUUCUGGGGCAACGGUACUAUCUUCGGCCUCACCGCGAAUCACGUGGAUAGCCAUGUGCCCAGCGAGCACAAUCUCGCGGCCUACUCCGUGGCCUCCUUCAUCGGUGAUUUGGGCUCAAUCCUCGGUGGUGUUUUGGUGGAGAAUACACACGAUCUUUUCUGCCAGGGCCAUCACGGGUACGGCUAUCACAUGGGUGAGCGACGUGGUGCCUACGAAAAGCUCCACGUGAAUCCACCACAGAAUCCCCAGCGAAAACUGGGCGUACGACAACAAAACGCAUGGCAAAUGCUGAAGUUUGCUCAGCUUGGGCCUCCAGAGGCAGACGAGUCAUUAGACAGCGGCCUAGACCGAGCAAAGCUUCGGGAGGACUAUGAGGCUGCCCUAAAGCUGCUGCAGCAGCAGCACUUCGCGGAGUCCAAGGAGCUCUUGAAGCAGCUCGCGGCUACGGUCGUCGCGCCGGGGGAGGACCAAACAGCCACGCGCGAUGAGGUCUGGCUGCGUCGCUUCCGCUUGCUGUGCUGGCGAAACCUGGCUGUGGCGCAUCAGGCACUGGGUGAGCAGACGCAGGCGUUGGAAUGCCUGAAGGCUGCCUUGUUCAAAUGCGCUCGAAAGGAGACCAGAGAGUUUCACAGCGUCUCGUUGUGGCGCCAGUUGGCGGAUGCCUCUGUGGCUGCUGGAGACUGGGAAAUGGCCACACAGGCGCUGCAGCAGUGCCUGCGCUUUUGGCCCGGCGAGGCCUUGCUGCUUCGAGCGUUGGCGCAGAGUGCCUUGCGCUUGGGCGAUCUUCCCAGGUCUCAUCAAGCCUUAUCCCAGUUGGCGAAUGCUGAUGAUCGCGAAAAGUGGCUGCAGCUGCGAUUGAAACGGCGUUUCGAGUUGCCCUUCUACGGCGGAGCAGUGGAGUCAGGUCCGGAGGCAGAGCUGUUGUCCCUGAACCUGGCCCGCGCCAAGCGGCGCCGCGCCAAGUCACGGGAACCGAUGCAUCGUGGCGCGCAGCCGGAGGGUCACUGUUUGAUGCGCCUGACCAUUUUGGAUUUGCUCCAAUCCUUGCGGACAAUGGCAGCACAAGCUGUUCCUCCUUUUCGGCAAGUGUACUUCUACUUUACCAAGGAGGACACCUUGUGCUUGCACAUGGAAGCAUCACCGGUGGAAGGUGAUGCGUUGUCCAAAGCGCUGCUGGAAGCCUUUCGAGCCAUGUUGCUAAAGCCUUGGCCUCGUGGUGGCUCCCCCUCCAGAUGGCUGCUUCAAUCCCUCGACUCCCGAGCGGAUGCGGUUAUGACCGAGGAGAGUUUGGCGGUUUCCAGUUUCCUAGACCUCAAAGAGGAGGAUGGUGUGGCCAAGAGCAAGAGCCAGUGCCUCCGUACUUGGCUUUUCGAUGCCAUCCGCUUUGUAGCGGAACACUGGCAUGACAUCUUGCGUACGUCCAUGCACUUGUCUCAGUUGACCUGUUUGGAGGUGGAGUUGCUUCAUGCUGCAGUCAUCUUCUCACAUCCCAGCAUCAGCUCCGAAGACUUCGAGGCAUCAGGUGAAUCCCGGGAACCUCGCAUGUGGCUUCGGGACUUCAUUCGCCAACACGGCUUGGCCUUGGCGGACGCCUGCGUCGCGGUGAAGGCGGUGCAGUGGCUCUGCCCGGCGGGGCGGAGCAUUCUGCGCGCCUGGUUGUUUUGGCACCCGACCUUCGGCCUCUCUGUAACAGAUGAUGUGAGCCAUUUGCGUGGAUGGCUUGAGGGGGGCCUUGGCUUUGAUACCAAGCUGGGUCAACUCAACGAGGUGAAUGAGGCCCGUGUGGCCGAUGCCGUUUUUCGCGCCGCUGAAAGUGGCCGCGGCCAUGGUGAAUUGCUGCAGUUGCUGAGUGCUGGAGCGCAACUGUUGGACCAGGCGCAGCAAGUCUUGCCGCUGAGCCGCUGCCUGGUCCUCUCCAAGCUGGGCGGCGGCUCGGAUGAGUUGACGCCCGAGAAGUUGGAGAACAGGAAGAUGCCUCCUGAGUCCAGUGAGGCGCGGUGCAUCAGCAGUUCCCGGAAGGCCAGUGAAGCACCUGAGAGCGGUGCAAGGCGAUUUGUGGAACGGCUGGAAAAGGAAGCUUUGGAGACUUUACUCAGGCGAAGCAUCGAAGACCUUGAGGAGAUGCAGUCGCCGACACUUGGCAUAGCCCAGGCUAUGCAACAGGCGCACAACCGGAUCUUCGAUUGUGAAAACGCGUUGACGGAUCACGUUUCUAUGGUGCCAAGUUUCAUGGAGCUGGUGGCGAAGGUCCUGAAGAAAAGUGCUUUGGAUCUUUCAGAAAUGGCAGAAGACGAGUGGCCUCAGGUGCAUUCGAGUUACUUCUUGAUGCUCAUCCGCUGCAGCAACUUCGGGGUUCAGCUGCUGGAUGCUGUUCCGAAAGCACAUAUUCAGGAGUCCAAUUCCCGGCCAUUGCUUUACGGCCUGAGGGAUGGUGUCUUCCUCAAGCCAGUGAUGGAGCAAGUGGCGGUCGUCAGCUUGUGCAUUGCUGCCAUUCUCUGCGAGCGAAUCUUGAAUCAUCGUAUUGCCAGAGAUUGGAGUCUUCUGGCCCAUUGCUCGAUCGUGCUGGGAUUGAAAUGCCUGGGCACCCUGCUGGUGGGACAUCAGGAGGCGAAGGGUGAAGCCCGAGGCGGUGGCCUGCUGGCACGAGGAAGCCAAGACUUGGCUCUUCCAAUGCGACAGCUUUGGCAACGUCUCAGCCGACUUCUCGCAGUGGGUCAUGAUUUGACCUUGGAGCUAACUGAAAACUUUGCCAACACCCCGGGAUCGAACUUUCUACCCGAGCAAGACCUUGCCUUCACAUGUGCCCUGGAGCUCAGAGACGUGCAGCUUUGGUGGGCGGCCGAUGUGGCUGGGAGUACAUCGGAAGGUAGGCGUCGCCGCAAGCAGGAUGAGGUUCCGGAGGGGCAGGGAGAUCCAAAUCGACAGAGACUCCAACCACACGAUGAGCAAGCGCUGUGGAUGUUACAGUCCAAGGCUGAAUCGGACUCGGAUGAUGUGGUGCGCAUGCGCUUUGUACAUAUCAACGACGUCUACAUCAUGGACAAUUUGCCCAAGUUGAGAAAAUUCCUGGAUGAUUGCUCCAUGGGUCUCCGGCGAGAGAACCUCGUUGUGAGUAUCGGCGGUGACCUCUUAUCGCCCUACCCCUUGAGUACCCUCGACAAGGGUCGAGGCAUGGUGGAUGUGAUGCUGGAGAGCGGCGUGCAGUACGCGUGCUUUGGAAACCACGAGGCGGACGUGGGCUUGCCGGCCCUGAAGAAACGUGUGGAGCGAUGGCAUGAACGUGGUGGCGUUUGGAUCAACACCAAUAUGCCCGAGUUGUGGAAAGAGUUGCGGCUCCCAAGCUAUGCCAGCGUUGUUGGCCUGUCCAAGGAUGGGCACCAUUCCAGACAGGUGUGCCUACUGGGGGUGUGCACCAUUGAUCCAGGCCUCUACAACGCACCCGAUGACUUUGGAGGUGCCAUCUAUUCGGCGAAGCCCUGCAACGAAGCGGCGCUGGAGAAGUCUCAAAGCUUGAUGGAAGCGCAUCUGGAAGACGACGAGGCGCAGAAGGUGGACGCCGUGGUCGCACUAACGCAUCAAGACCUGGACAUCGACAUCGAGUUGGCGAAAAAAGCUUGCGCUGUGGGGAUCUAUGCAGUCCUGGGAGGCCACGACCACACGGAGUAUGCAGCGAAGCACAACGGCUGCGCGCUGCUGAAAGCUGGAAUGGAUGCGAAGAACGCUGCGGUCAUGGACUUCUUGUGGAGCACCACCGAGGACACAGCCCCCAGCCUUGAUUCCUUCCAGCUGAUCCCUUUGUCCAAGUUCACGGGCAGCAAAGCAGUGUUCCGAUCGGUGCAGAAACACAUGCAGAAGCUGUGGAAGAUGGAGCAGAGAAAGGCUUUGGUUCAUCUCACAGUUUUCCCUGAAAAGACCCUGAUGUCUUCCAAGGAUAUCCGCAAGAAGCAGACCACCUUGGGGUCCUUUCUCUGCAGCGCCCUGCGCGAUGAGUUGGAAGUGGACUGUGUGCUCUUCGAUGGUGGCAACAUCCGAGGUGAUAAGGACUACGAGCCGAACCCGGAGCACUAUUUGGGGUCUCGUUGGACCUUUACGCUUGCGGAUUUGGAACAGGAACUGCCCUGGUCUUCGGAGAUGGUCAUCAUUGUGCUUCGAGGACAGGAACUCAGGGAGGCCUUGCACUACUCACGCACCGUGAAGUUGGGAUCCGGUGGUUUCCUCCAGGCACUGGGGGGAGCAUUGGUUGGUGGGUUGGAACCAUGGCUUUUUAAUGGGAUAUCAUGGUGA